AUGGCACAACCAUUAUUUGACGACCACCCCCUUGAACAAUACUUACGAGCCGCGGGGGAACCCCCAGAACUAAUGCCAGGCUCGUUGCCUGAGCUCACUCACGAUUUCGACGCAGAAUAUUGUGAAUUUGACGAGGAGGAGGAAUGGAGACCUGUUAUGCUUGUUCAGUUCGUCACUAUGCUUCAAGCCCUCUUCCCGCAACCACAAGAAUCACUUGUUUUUGCUGAGCGGUUCAAAUACGACGUCAUAUCGUCGUCCCUGCUCGAAACAUCUUUCCCCACAGGCAACUCGCGGCGUCGGUCUGGGUCUCCUGCACCUCCCGGAAAACUAAAGCUCGACAACCCACCUCAUCCGGAGCCCAUUGACUACUCUUUAAUGUCCCUUAUAUUCUUCUUUGCAGCCGUAUUCUUUGCUACUGGAACAUACUUGCUCGCUUUCUUGUUCAUAGUGGGCGGCACAUUACACCUAUACACUCACUCAGAUAAUGCCAAACCCGACAUGGCAGCGACUAUGGCGGCUCUGUCCGAAUUAAUAACUGCGAACGACUUAUGGGAUUCUGUUGUCCAAAAUACCCUCACGCUUUUGGAGAAAGAGGAAGAGAGUCCUCCUUCUCCGGUCUCAUCUGUUCGCCUUGCUAUUCAUUCAUCCCUGCAUACGACCCAAACCCAAUGCGACAAUGUUCGCCAUCUUCUAUCUGCGCUAACCGCCCCAGUCGAGCUGGCUCAGCUAUCUGAAAUGUAUGCCCCACCAUCACCACGACAUUCUCCUCCCCCUCCCGAAACGGCUACCCAUUCAGAAUCUAAGCGUACAACAUGGAAUGGGUCAUAUAGCAGCCUCUAUGGAUCUCCAGCUUUGAAGACUCGGGACAAACGUCGUUCUGACUUAUCUCUUCUGUUCACGUCGCAGUCUACGCACAAGAGCUACAGUGCUCCAAACACCCCCCCAGCUACUUCAACUCUGGUCAAUGUUGUAGAAGAGGGUGCUGAACAACACCAGCCCUUUGGCAUCGCAGCUCUAGAACUUCAUCGCAGACGGCGGUUAUCCGGCAUGGAUGUGUUCAAGUUGACACCUCCUCGAACCCCACUCACGGGAUCGUCCACUAUUUCACACGCAUCGCGUUUCACCACCAUGCAGACCAUGCGUAAUCCACUUGGUCUCUCAGCGCUUUAUCAUGCAUUGGACGGAGCAUUGGCAUCAAAACGUUACGCAUGCUCUCAUCUCUUAGCACUCAGGUUUGGGGAUGAAGACGAUGAAGGUUACUGGGAAGACGUCCGCUCCGUUAUAGCCUUGCUGACGAGUACUUUUGUCGACACGGCCUCUCGUUUGACAGAGGCGUUGGAAGAGGCUCAACUCCAAGAAGCAGCUCUCUGUCACCCUGAAUCCGAAUCGUCACAGGAUAUAGCUCCCGCACUUCGCCAAGCCACUUCCUCCAUGUUCUCCUCAUUUGCACCAGUUCCUUCCCAAUUAACGCGGUUUGCUGCUCACGUGGAUGCAAUCUCGGCAGCGUUGGAUGACGCUCGAGAACAGUUGGCAGACUGUGUAGCAGCGAUACGCGACGAAGACAACGUACAACAACCCCUUCAUCGAAAGCGAUCACGCACAUUCUCUCUUUCUAAGCUCAGCGCAGAGGCGACUUCAUCUGGACAAGCUGAACCUAGAGCGUUGCAAGCUUACGAAAGACUGCGACGUGAACUAGGUCUGGCUUUGCGGGAAUGCGAGCGCGGAAGAGACCGCCUAAUGGAUAUAGUAGCCCCCAGACCGCCCCCGCUUGACCCGACAGAGUCUGAAGAAGAGGGGAUGCCUGGUUUAGCGCUUGAUGCUAGUGAUGAGGCAGACGAGUCAGACAAGCCUGAAUCCGGUGAUGAUGACCCACCAGUGGUCCAUACCGUGGUCAUCGAACCAGAUGCGCCGGAGCCUCCAGCCGAAACAUUUACGAUACCCCUUGAACGGCCAGGGGUCGAGCAAGUUUUUGAGAGCUUGGCAGAAGUUGGGACCUACACGCGUGAACGGUCGAAGUUGACACGAGAAGAGCGGAUAAAGUUGGCCAAAGCACAUAGAGAACAGGCACAGGCGGAAGAUUCUCCCACAGAGAAAUGGGGUCCUGGUGGAGACGUGGUACAAGAGUUGAAGGACGUCAUUUGGCAAGUAGGAGAACGAAGGAGAAAACUGGUGUCCUAA